AUGCUGACUAGAAAGAUUCAUUCGGCAACGAUUGGGAGAGGGGAGGGGGAGGAUGAGGAGGAGGAGGAGGAGGAGGAUGGGGAGGGGGAGUGGGGAGAGGAGGGGAGUGGGGAGGAGUCUGGGGGGAGUGAGGGGGAGGAGGCGGGAGGGAAGGGAAAGGGAGGGGAGAAGGAGGGAAGGCGGCUAGUAGCGAGUGCUAAGGCAAGAAUACUGAGGGCCCUAGAAGGGAAGGGGGGAGGGGAUGGAGGGGAGGGAGGGGAGGGGGAUGGGGCAACGAAGAGUGGUCUUUUUGCGUUGCCGUUUAUGGCUAAGGCUAUUGAGAGGAGGAGAUUGGAAGCUCAGAAAGAGGCUAUAGAGGCGAUUAAAGACCUAGAGGAGGGGUUGGAAGGGGAGGGGUAUGGUGACGGAGAGGAUGGGGAGGGUGGGAAGGGGAAGGGGGGAGGUGGAGGAGGGGGUGAUGGGUGGGGAGGAGGAGGAUGGGGAGAGGAGGAAGAGGAGGGAGAGAGGGUGGGAGCAGGGAGACGAGUAUUUGGGAAUCUGGGAGAGACAGUAGUGGGAGGGGAGGGGCAGGAGGAAAGAGACGAAUGGGUGGCAGUGAGAGAGGGGGAAGGGGAGGAGGGAGAGGAGGAGGAAGGAGGGGGAGGGGAGGAUGUUGGGGUAGGAGGGCAAAGCGGAGGGGGAAAGAGUGGGGUGAAGAAUGCGGGGAGAGGAGGAGGAGGGGCAGAGGGGAAGGGUGGAAGGUUGUUGAAGGAGGAGAGGGAGGCAGCACGGCAGGUGAAGGCGAUGCUAGGAGCGGGGAAAGGAUUCUCCUUCUCAGGGGUCCCUGUUGCUGACAACUCUGCUUCAGCCCCUGUAGACGUGUCUGCGCCGCCACUUGAAGGGGAUUUGGAGGCUUUGCUGCGCCACACAGGGAGUGGAGGGGAGAAGGGGGUGGGUGAGGGUGGGGGGAGGAUGGAGGGAGGGGAGGAGGAAGAGGAGGAGGAGGGGAGAGAGGAAGGGAGCGCAGAGAGGGGUGAGGGGGGGGAGAGGGGGAAGGGGAGAGUCAGGGCGAAGGGAGGAGAGGGGGGGAAGAGGGGUGAUGGGUCUGGUAAUGGUGCUGUGGGUGUUAUGCAGGGUGAUUAUAGCGAGAGUGAGAGGGAGGAUGGAGAGGAGGAUAUAGACGACGGUGUGGCUUAUAACGAGGGGAUGCGUUUGGAGGGCAAGGGGGAUACUUAUAUGGAGGAUGACGCGUGGGGGGAGGAUGCAGGGGAGAGAGUGGAGAGGGGAGCAGGAGUGGGGAUGGAGGAAGAGGAGGAGAGAGGAGAGAAACCGGUAGGCAAGAAGAGAAAGGGACGGGCAAGUGGAACAGGAGAAGGAGAAGGAGGAGGAGAGGAAGGGAACGGAGCGAGCGCGUUUGAAAAGGGUCAAGACGAGCUGAUGCGAUUGGCCUUCGCAGGUGAUGACGUGGCAGCAGAAUUCGAGGCGGAGAAAGAACGAGUGGUGGAAAAAGAAGUGGGGAGAGAGGAGGGGCCUGUGACGUUGCCGGGGUGGGGACAGUGGGAGGAGGUGCAGAGGCGGAAGGGGGCACCGAAGUGGAUCGAGGAGGAGAGGGAGAAGGCGAAGAGGAGGCGGAUGGAUGCGGUGAAACAGAGGGCGGAUUCGAAGCUGACGCAUGUGAUUGUAUCGGAGAAGGACAAUAAGAAGAUCGAGAAGUUUUUUGUGCCCGAGCUGCCCAACAUGUUCCGCAACCGGGCGGAGUACGCACGCAGCAUCCGCAACCCCAUUGGGCGGGACUUCAACACAGAAGCAGCGUUCCGCUCCAUGACUCGCCCAGCGGUCAUGAAGCUAGUGGGGGUGGUCAUUCGACCUGUCUGA